AAGAGACAAAUCCCACCCGUCGUGUCUUCUUGUUCAUCCUUUGUUUCCCUUUUUUUUUCUUCUUUCUCACUGUUUCUGCCUUACUUAAAGUCUCAAACUUUGCUUCAAAUUCAACCCAUCUCUUCCUUCCCCUUCCCUCACAAUCGUAAUCUCCAACCACUAAUUGAUCCAUCUCUCUGUACAUAUUCUUAGCUUCCUGGGUUUGUAAUUCAAAAUGGAAGGCGGUUCCGCUAGUGGAUCAGCUUCGGCUUUAUCAAACGAUGAAAAUCUCGUCGUUUCUUGUGAAGAUUCUUCUUCUCCUGUAGGGAAUGAGCUUGAGCUCGGUCUUACUUUGAGCCUUGGUCGAAAAGGGUAUCGAGAUUGCAGGGUUCCUUACGCUGAUGAUUCUUCUUCUUCUUCUUCAUCUUCUUCUUUGAGCAGAGCUAGCGUAGUUGCUGGGAUCAAGAGAACAGCUGAUUCCAUGGCCGCAACUAGUGGGCAAGUUGUGGGAUGGCCACCAAUAAGGACUUACAGAAUGAACAGUAUGGUUAACCAAACAAAGACUUCAGCCUCUGAAGAUCAGAACUCCGAGAUUCGUCCAGAAGAAGUAAACAAGAAUAGAAUUGAUGCUACAAAGAUGAGAAACUCCAUUUUUGUGAAGGUGACUAUGGAUGGCAUUCCAAUUGGAAGGAAGAUUGAUCUGAAUGCUCAUAAAUGCUAUGAAUCUUUGUCAAACACUCUUGAAGAAAUGUUUCUGAAUCCCAAAACAGGUUCAAACACACGAGAAUGCGAUGGUCGCAUGGAAACACCGCUCAAGAUACUACCGGAUGGCUCUUCCGGAUUAGUACUAACAUAUGAAGACAAGGAAGGAGAUUGGAUGCUUGUUGGUGAUGUUCCGUGGGGGAUGUUUAUUGGUUCUGUGAGGAGGCUUCGGAUAAUGAAAACAUCAGAGGCUACUGGUAAAGCUCAAAUGAUCUUAUGAAGCAAAUAA